GCUUAGAAAAGCAAAUAUUUAUAGUAUAAAAAAUCACCAUGAAAGUCAUCGUAGUUGCUCUUGCUUGCCUGCUGGCCUCCGUCAGUGCACUGCCCAACCAACAGGGCAAGGAGCUCGAAUCAGCCCUCAGGUCUGGAGACACAAGGCUGGUCACUGGUAACAUUGUUAAAGCUAUCGAAGAAUUCGCUGCUUCCAUCCGCGAAGCUGGCUUGGACCCUCUUGAAAUUGACGAAGUGAUCGACUAUGCUCUGCCGGUACCUUCAAUCCUGAACUUGAGCGCUGUGCUCAGAGGCUUCGUCUUCAGAGGGUUGAGCAACAUCGUCAUCAACAGAAUGAACUACGCCGUCAUCUCAUCUAGAUUGACCUUCAACAUUGCACUGCCAGAAAUCUCUACAAGCUUUGGUCUUGCUCAGUGGGACGUUAACUUGUUUGACAGGAACUUCAACGGUAUCAUCGGUGGGCGUGUUUCUGUGAACAACGUCGUCAUCACCGGCGAUAUUCGCGUCAGCAUCGGCAUCAUUUCUGGUGUUAGCAUCAGAAACAUGGAAAUCAAAUUGCAGGUCGGAUCAAUCCAGUCACACCUGAACGUUGCGAUCCAAGGACUGAACCUUUCUCGUAACAUCAACAACUACUUGAGCGUCACUGUUCCUAGAACCCUCAGGGCUUAUGAGAAUGACAUCAACCAAUUGAUCACUAUCGUCGCCAGAGAUGUCGUCGAACAAAAUAUGUAAAUAAGUAACAAAUUAUAUGUAAUAUAAUAUGACUGAAAUAUAUAAUACGAAAAAGGAAAUGUUUAGAGAAAUAAAAUGUAUUUAAUUAAAAAA